ACAACAAAUUUCCAUUAAGCUCGCAUUUUCUCUCACAGUCGAAGUCUCUUCUCAUCUCCCCAACCGCAAGCAAAGAAUUCGGCGGAGCUUGUUGGCGGAUAACCUGCGUUGCCUCUUCCGAUCUGCUGUUUAGUUCUCUUUAAUUUUUCAGUCUAAUUGUGUAACUGGUGUGUAUAUCGAAUGACGUCGGGCGUGGCGGAGCGGAUUCAGCUCGCCAAGCUGUGCAGCUCCAAGGAUUGGUCUAAAGCUAUUCGAGUGCUCGAUUCGCUGCUCUCGCAGUCCUGGUCCAUACAGGACCUCUGCAAUCGAGCGUAUUGCUAUAGCCAAUUGGAGCUGCACAAGCACGUCAUCAAGGACUGCAAUAAGGCAUUGCAGCAGGAUUCUAAGCUUGUUCAAGCUUAUAUUCUUAAAGGGCGUGCACUACAUGCUCUGGGAAAGAAAGAUGAUGCCCUUUCAGUUUGGAAGCAAGGCUAUGAGCAUGCUGCUUUUCAGUCUGCAGAUUUGAAACAACUUGUGGAGCUGGAAGAUCUGUUGAGCACUGUUAAACAAAAUGGAACUAUUUCUUUGGAGAACCAUGUGACAAAGUCAUCUGGGGUAACAGUUAAUGCAUCUGGACCAGUUGUUUCAGAGGCAACUGAAACAUCUGAUGAUCAAAGAAAAUCAAAUGGGGAAACCAAACCUACCAGCAAGGCAAUUAAGCAAUUGGAGGCCAAUGACAAAUUACAUAAUGGAGCUAAAGCUAAUGUUAAUGGUAGCAUUACUGCUGCUAGUCAAUCAAUAAAAACACAUGAGUUUCUCCCUAUAGAAACUAAUGGGAUUCUCAAGAAAUCGACCGGAAAAUCAGUAUUGAGCGAUAUAGCUGAAUCAAGCGCUGAUUCAUCAGUGGACUGCUGUGAACCUAGUGAUAGUUCUGAUAUAUGCAGCGAGUCAUUCAGCUUAUCAGAAAUUCAUAAUGAGUUAAUGGAUGAGGCCAACAGGAACAAAAAGUUCUGUGUUGCUAGAAUUUCAAAGAACAAGUCAAUAAAUGUUGAUUUUAGAUUAUCAAGGGGUAUUGCACAGGUUAAUGAUGGAAAUUAUGCAUAUGCUGUAUCCAUUUUUGAUAAGAUACUAGAAGAAGAGCCAGAUUACCCUGAAGCAUUAAUUGGAAGGGGCACAGCAUAUGCUUUCCAACGAGAACUACAUGCUGCUAUUGCUGAUUUUACCCAGGCAAUAGAAUCAAAUCCAUCGGCAGGUGAGGCUUGGAAACGUCGGGGGCAGGCUCGAGCAGCUCUGGGAGAAUCUGCUAAAGCAAUUGCAGAUUUGACAAAAGCAUUGGAGUUUGAACCAGACUCACCUGAUAUAUUGCAUGAAAGGGGGAUUGUAAAUUUUAAAUUUAAGGAUUACCAAGCUGCUGCGGAGGAUCUGUUAGCAUGUGUAAAAGAUGAUAAGGACAACAAAUCUGCAUAUACUUAUUUGGGUUUGGCUUUAUCUUCACUUGGUGAAUAUAAAAGGGCAGAAGAGGCACAUAUGAAAGCAAUUGAAAUAGACAAAAACUUUCUUGAGGCUUGGACUCAUUUAGCUCAGUUUUAUCAAGACAUGGCAAGCUCAGAAAAGGCUCUAGAAUGCAUUAAUGCGAUAAUUCAAAUUGAUCAAAGGUUUUCCAAAGCAUAUCAGCUGCAUGGGCUUCUGCUCCAUGGAAUGGGAGAGCACAGGAAUGCCAUCAAGGAGUUAUCAACAGGACUAAGUAUUGAUAGCUCAAAUAUUGAAUGCCUGUAUUUAAGAGCUUCCUGCUAUCAUGCAAUUGGAGAAUUUAGAGAAGCAGUUAAAGAUUAUGAUGCAGCUUUGGAUCUUGAAUUAGAUUCAAUGGAAAAAUUUGUACUCCAGUGCUCAGCUUUUUAUCAGAAAGAAAUAGCAUUAUACACAGCUUCAAAGUUCAACUCUGAGUUUUCUUGGUUUGAUCUUGAUGGUGACAUAGAUCCCCUCUUUAAGGAAUAUUGGUGUAAAAAGCUGCAUCCAAAAAAUGUCUGUGAAAAAGUGUACAGACAGCCUCCUCUGCGAGAUUCUCUAAGGAAAGGAAAACUGAAAAAACAGGAAUUAUCUAUUUCAAAGCAAAAGGCAACCCUAUUGCAUGCAGCAGAUUCUAUUGGCAAUGGGAUUCAGUAUUAUUGCGUUGGAUUCCUGCCAAAUAAACGGCAGUACCGUAUGGCGGGACUUGCUGCUAUAGAGAUUGCCCAAAAGGUUGUACGGGUUUGGCGAUCUAUACAAACUGAAUGGAAGCAUUCAAAUAAAGGCACAUCCAAAAAUGGAAAGAAAGUUAGGAGACGCGAGAAACUUAGCCAUCUUAGUCAAAAUAGAGGGGGGGCUGGUUGCAGCACCAGCAGCUUCUUAGAACAAUCUACUUCAUUUAAUGCUGCAGAGGAAAAAUUAUUUGGGCGCCCUACAAUGCCAUGGCACAGUAUUUAUUCAGUGGCUGUCAAAUGGAGACAGAUAUCUGAACCAUCUGAUCCAGUUCUUUGGAUUAACAAUCUGAGUGAGGAGCACGACUCUGGUUUUGGGUCUGAGACGCCUCUUAUCCUUGGACAAACCAAGGUUGUACGCUAUUUUCCAUAUUUUAAGAGAACAAUUAAUGUUGCUAAAGAAGUAAUGAAGGAAAAUAAGUAUGCCCUUGGAAAGAAGGGCAACAUUAUCAAUCUCACUGUAAAUGGGAAACUGCAAGAAGUAAUGAAGGCAGAAUCCUGCUCAGAUCUUUUCAGAGCUGUGGGUGAAGACUUCUGGUUGGCUACUUGGUGCGACAGUAUGACAGUUGAGGGAAAGCGAUUAGAGGGAGCAAGGAUAUCUUUACAAAAAAUGGAUGAAAUAGGUUAUGAUUUUUCCAUUAAAACACCUUGCCCACCAACCAGAUGGGAUGACUUUGAAGUGGAAAUGGCUUCAGCAUGGGAGGCUCUCUGUGAUGCUUAUUGUGGUGAAAAUUUUGGGUCAACGGAUUUUGAUGUGCUGGAGAAUGUGAGAGAAGCUAUCUUGAGAAUGACAUACUACUGGUAUAACUUCAUGCCACUAUCAAGAGGAACUGCUGUCGUUGGCUUUGUUGUGUUGCUUGGACUGUUACUUGCUGCUAAUAUGGAAUUUAAGGGGAGCAUUCCCGAGGGCGUACAAGUGGAUUGGGAAGCAGUCCUACAACCUGAUCCUAAUUCCUUCAUAUCUUCCGUAAAAAGUUGGCUCUAUCCUUCUCUCAAGAUCAACACAUCCUGGAAAGGGUACCCUGAUGUCGUAUCAACUCUGGAUACAACCGGAUUAGUAGUUACUGCAUUGAGCACCUACGCUAAUUAAACAGUUCAUAUAAGAGGUAACUGAAUAAAGCAACAUUAAUAGUGCAAACCAUUCAUCAGGCAUUCUCCCUUAUGGAAAUAACGACGAGAUGAAGAACUUCAGGCGGAUGUCAUGAUGCCAAACUGAAACUCCGUUGUGUUAUUAUUCAUGUAAAAUGUAACAUUAAUUGUUUGUUGUUCGACAACCUACCUGCGUAGGAUGAGUUUGUUGUUUGUUGUACCCUAUCCUUGAGAGACUUCUCUUUGUCGUCUGUCUCUGUUGUUUUUUUGUUGUUGAAAAUCUGCUUACUGCUACAUCGGACUGACAUGUGAAUGUUCUUCUCUUCACUGAUAGUGAUGGACUUCUGUUCUCCC